AUGAUCUCCAAGAUCCUUACCUUGAGACUACAACCAGUUCUACGCGACAUGAUCUCGGAGAACCAGUCCGCGUUUGUCCCACAACGAGCCAUCUCUGACAAUGUCCUCAUUACGCAUGAGACAUUACACUACCUGAAGACGUCAAAGGCCAAAAAACAAGUGUACAUGGCUGUCAAAUCCGAUAUGACGAAAGCGUAUGAUAGAAUUGAAUGGGAUUUUGUCAAACUGGUGUUAGAACGAUUGGGAUUCCAUCAAAAAUGGGUCCAAUGGGUGAUGCAGUGUAUCUCAACGGUUUCAUAUACAUACCUUAUCAAUGGAUCUGCACAAGGAGCGGUCACACCAUCGCGGGGAAUUCGCCAAGGAGACCCACUCUCCCCAUACAUUUUUAUCCUCUGUAGUGAGGUUCUCUCAGGUCUGUGUAACAUAGCACAAUUGGAGGGGAGAUUGCCGGGGAUAUGA